AUGCCCGAGCUUCAUCGAAAGAGCCCACCACACCCCCACUUGGCCUCGCUCGACGAGUACCACAAGUUGUACCGCCAGUCUGUCGAGGACCCAAACGCUUUCUUCGGCGAACAGGCCAGAAAACUCUUGCUGUGGUCCCGCCCCUUUGACCACACCCGUUACCCCCACGACAAAAAGAAUGACUUUGUCGACGGCGACUUGCCUGCGUGGUUUGUCGGUGGCCAGUUGAACGCGUGCUACAAUGCCGUGGACCGUUGGGCCAUUGAGCAGCCAGACAAGGCCGCCAUCAUCUACGAAGGCGACGAGCCCGACACGGGCUACACCAUCACCUACGGCGAGUUGCUCAAGCAGGUGUCCAAGUUGGCCCAGUGCUUGGUGCGCUUGGGCGUCAAGAAGGGCGACACCGUCGCGGUCUACAUGCCCAUGGUGCCUGAGGCUGUGGUCACUCUUUUGGCCAUUAUCCGUAUUGGUGCCGUCCACUCGGUUGUUUUCGCUGGUUUCUCCUCCACCUCCCUCAAGGACAGAAUCGUCAAUGCCAACUCCAAGCUUGUCAUCACCGCCGACGAGUCCAAGCGUGGUGGAAAGACCAUCGAGACAAAGAAGAUUGUCGACGAUGCCCUCAAAGACUUGCCCGAUGUGAGGAACGUGCUUGUUUUCAAGCGUACUGGCUCCAACUUGUGGUGGCACGAGGAGCUCUCCAAGUACGGCAACUACUUCCCUCCUGUGCCAUGUGACUCUGAGGACCCAUUGUUCUUGUUGUACACCUCCGGCUCUACUGGUAAGCCCAAAGGUGUUCAGCACAAUGUCGCUGGUUACUUGUUGGGUGCUGCCUUGACCGCCAAGUACACUUUCGACUUGCACAAAGAUGACAUUCUCUUCACCGCUGGUGACAUUGGCUGGAUCACAGGCCACACCUACGUGGUCUACGGUCCCUUGCUCAAUGGUGCCACUACUGUUGUCUUUGAAGGUACUCCAGCCUACCCUGACUUCUCCCGCUACUGGCAGGUGGUUGACAAGUGCAAGGUCACCCAAUUCUACGUGGCUCCCACCGCGUUGCGUUUGUUGAAGAGGGCUGGUACCUCUUUCGUCGAGAAGUACAAGUUGGACACCAUCAGAGUCUUGGGUACCGUUGGUGAGCCUAUCGCUGCCGAGGUCUGGCACUGGUACAAUGACAACGUUGGCCGUGGAAAGGCUCACAUUGUGGACACCUACUGGCAGACUGAGUCUGGCUCUCACUUGUUGACCCCAAUGGCCGGUGUCACCCCAACCAAACCUGGCUCGGCCUCCUUGCCUUCUUUCGGUGUCACCGCUCACAUCUUGGACCCCAUCACCGGUGAGGAAUUGAAGGAGAACGGUGUCGAGGGUGUCUUGGCUAUCAAGGAUGCUUGGCCAUCCAUUGCCAGAGGUAUCUACAACGAUUAUGCUCGUUUCGUGGACACCUACUUCUCCUCGUACAAGGGCUACUACUUCACUGGUGACGGUGCUGCUCGUGACAAGGACGGUUUCUUCUGGAUCUUGGGCCGUGUUGAUGAUGUUGUCAACGUCUCUGGUCACAGAUUGUCCACUGCCGAGAUCGAGGCUGCGCUCAUUGAGCACCACAUGGUGGCCGAGAGUGCUGUUGUGGGAUACGCUGACGACUUGACUGGUCAGGCUGUUGCUGCUUACGUUUCCUUGAAGUCGACUUUCAGACCUGAGGACAAGGAGACUGUGGACAACGUCAAGAAGGAAUUGAUCUUGACGUUGAUCUUGUUGGUGGAUGACUUGCCCAAGACGCGUUCUGGUAAGCUCAUGAGAAGAAUCUUGCGUAAGGUGUUGGCUGGCGAGGAGGACCAGUUGGGCGAUAUCUCGACCUUGUCGAACCCUGGUGUUGUUUCUCAGAUCAUUGAAAUUGUGAAGCAGUCCAGAAGAUAA